AUGAACGGGGCUGGCAGGGGUUCCUCGCGGCAAGGCUCCAAAUCAAAGAUGUCUGUGCCCGCGGUGGACGCGGGCCCAAUUCAGCUCAUACGUUUCAAUGAGAUCACGGGGGACAUGGAGGUCUGCGAGGACGCGGCGCGCCUGCUGCGCACGAUCCGCACGCCGGUCGGCGUGGUUGCCGUGUGCGGCCGCGCGCGGACCGGCAAGUCCUUCAUCCUAAACCAGCUGCUUGGCCGCAGCGCCGGCUUCCGGCUGGCGCACAGCCACCGGCCGUGCACCAAGGGGCUGUGGAUCUGGUCGCGGCCGGUGCGGCUGGUUGGGCCCGACGGGCAGCCGUACCACCUGCAGCUGCGGCAACACGGCCGCGGCGGCAACGCGCCGAGGCUGACAGCGCGGGCGCAACUGGUUCUCGCGCGGUUUGGCCGCGAGCGGCGGCAGCACGGCGCCGCGGCCGGCACGCGAAAAGGAGGGGACCCGAGCGCGCCGCAGCCGGGGGCGGCUCGGCAGGCCGCCGACGCCGCGCUGCUCCUGGACAGCGAGGGGAUCGACGCCUACAACCAGACGGCGCAGGACGGCGUGCAGCUGCUGAGCCUGGCGGUGCUGCUGAGCUCGAUGUUUGUUUUCAACCAGAUGGGGCCGAUCGACGAGGCGGCGAUAGACCGGCUGGGGCUGGUGACGGAGGUGGGCGGGGCGCGGGUGACGCCGGCGGGUGACGCGGCCGGUAACGUGGCGGUGGGCACAGGGGAUGCGGUGGCGAUGCUGCAGCGGGCGCGCGAGUGGAGGGGCUGGGCCCACUCCCCAGCCGGCGAGGCCCUGGGGGACAGCCAAGACCUGGGGUCCUUCACGCCCACCUUCCUGUGGCUGCUGCGGGACUUCUACUUUGACCUGCACGACGAGGGGCGCAAGGUGUCCGCGCGGGAAUACCUAGAGGCAGCGCUGAGCCCGCAGGAGGGCACGAGCGACGCCAUACAGGCCAAAAACGACAUCCGCCGCAGCAUCAAGGGGCUCUUCCCCGACCGCGACUGCUUCACAUUAGUGCGGCCCGCGGCUGAUGAGGAGCUGCUGAUACACCUGGAUGAAGCGGACCCCGCACUGCUGCGGCCCCAGUUCACAGAGGGGGUGGCCCGACUGACGUCGCUGCUCUUCAGCCGCGCGGCGCCCAAGCGCAUCGGCUCGCAGAUCAUCAACGGGCCGAUGCUGGCGGGCCUAGCGACUGCCUACGUGGCGGCCAUCAAUGCGGGGGCCGUGCCCACCAUCGCGACGGCCUGGCAGGGGGCCGGCGCCGGAUAG